AUGCAAUCUAAUGAAUUACCAAAACCAUUACCUACUACAUAUCCUACAAUUCAAGGAGAUCCAGCAACACGUCGAUUUGCUAUUUUCUUUUUCUGUACAUUAGCUAUUAUAACAAUAGGCGUCAUGAUUGGUAUUGGUGUUGGAAAUAUUUCACAUUACGAAUAUUUUGAUUCAUCGAAUAUAUCGAAUGGAUCUUAUAGUAUACUCACGAAAUGA